GGGAGCUUGCCAGUGAGUGGGGCCCCGCUAAAGUAUUCAGCCUCAUCAUCCACUUCAUCCACUUCGGAGCUCGUGGUCGUCGCCGCCGUCGUCGCCGCGAAAGCUCACUGCCCGCCCGCCAUCAAUUAAGAGCCGCCCCGGACCCAAUCGACCUGCCCUCCGCGCCUGACUGGACGCCAAAGCCACGUGCACCAGGCUCCUUACAACCAUGUCGAGCAAAUAUGCCUUUACCAAGACUCUGAAGGAGGUCCGCUUCCUCUUCUGCCAGACGGGCGAGCACAGCGCUGCGACAAGGUCCUUCCUCACGCGCGCGUACCCCAUCAUGAAGAAGAACAACCCCUCGAUACCCAUCAUGCUCCGGGAAGCGGCCGGCACCCAGCCCAAGGUGUACGCGAGAUACGAGUUUGGCCAAGAAAAGUCGCAGAUAUUAGAAGGCCUAAGCGAUAAGCAGAUCGAGGAGGCAGUCACAGCGCUUGUCAAGGACAGUGCGUAGAAGAACGAGCCCCUUUUCCGAUAUGUUGCGUCGAGGGCGAGGACUACCGGAGCUCAAAGGUCGCGGGAUAGUCGGUGCUCGGGCGUAAAACGCCAAACCCGCACGGCGCUAGAGGGACCAGGUGUUUAUAGACAGACAGCAGCAAAGGGACACAAGACGAUAAAAUGUAAAUAUUGUAUACCACUUUGUUCCGGUUAACAACCUUGAGACCUUCCGUGUGUAGUGUAGUCCGGUCUACGAUGGCCUCCUUGUUCGGCCCUUGUUUAGAAAUUUACCUCCUUUCCCCUUCUACUUAUGUCUGGGGGGGUAGAGUUGUUAACUGUGUAGAAUGAAGGGAAACACGGGUAGGGAAAAGGAGCUUCCCCGUAGUCUCUUAUUCUAGCCACUUCAAGCCCCGCUGGCUUCUCUGGCAUUGCAAACAAACUAAACGAGAGCGCAGGCCAUGACUUUUCAGCC